CAUCUCUCAAAUUUUCUCUCUCCUCCAAAAAAUGGGUUCACACCUAAACAAGGUUCUCUCCACAAUCCUCCUGGCCUUGAUCCUUUCCGUCCUUCCGCCGGCGACUAGCUCCGACGACACCUGCCCAUAUCCCUGCUACCCUCCACCAACCGGCACCGGCUAUCCCGCCACUCCGGCCACUCUAACUCCACCGUCGCAAACAGACUCAGGCUCCUACUCUCCUCCAGCGUACUACUCUCCGCCGGCUGCAUAUUACCCAUAUAACCCGCCGCCGUACGAUGGCGACAGCUUCGACGGCAUCACUCCACCGCCACCGGAUCCGAUUCUGCCGUACUUCCCUUACUAUUACAAGAAGCCUCCUCACAAACCGGAGGAUGAAUCCGGUGGUACCGCCGUGUCGGAGAUCGGAGCUUUUGUAUUUAUUUGUGUCUCCGUCUUAUUGAAUUUGAUGUAAUGGAAUAAGGUAGCUACCUGGUUUGAAUUUAA